UCACCGAGAUUAGAGUAACGUAUUUGUUGAAGAAAUUUGUAUCGCGGUUAAUUGGUAGAAAGAACAGACAGGUAUACAUAGAAAAUAAGAUAUAUUAGCAUUUAGAGCGCAUGAAAAACGAACAAAUGUUAGCUUUUGUGCAUUCAUAUUCUAUAAAAAAUUGCUGUUUCAAGCGUAACCAAAUAAUAUAUACAUAAUGCUCUUUGCGAUAUCAUGAUGAUUAUAAAUUCGUUGUAUAGCAGCACACCACAAGAUUGCUUUAACUGUCGCAUUCUUGUUACUUAGGAAUAACAACGCUAGUCUUUCCACUUUCGGGGCUUAUUCAAAUUAUCGAUAUACAUCAUGCGUCAUCGGUACUUAGUUUUGUAAACGCAUCAGUUGUUGGAAAGAAAUAUUCACAUAAAUUUCAACAUAAAUACCCAUUCGUAACAUAUUUUCAUUGAUUUUGGUUUUGCUGUGCUAGCAUUUAAGUGGUUUACAUAGCUGUUAGGUUUUUUCUUAAUGAACAAAGGUAGCUCAAAAGAAUUUUAAUUUAAAAUAAUAAGUUAGUUGAAAUUUUUUAAUGGUUUGGAAUUUAUAUUGUAUAAACUCGCACUCCGUAUAGUUGAACGUAGUUCCACAAAUAACUUUCUCUUGUGUUCAUUAUUGGAACUAUUGUCGAUUGUGUGAAAACGUGCAUUGAUGUUUAAACUAAAUUUCUAUCACACAUAUAAUGUAGCGUAUUUGGUGUUUUCAUUUGUACUGGAGUAGAGAACCAAUGUAGCUUAUUCUUCUAACUUUGUUUUACAAUUUAAUCGAAAUCAUACCGAAUGGAAUUGUGUGUUGGAAAAUGAUCCUGACGGGUUUAUAAACUUCUGAUAGUUUUAUCAACUAAGAGCGAGUAUAAACCCAAGUUCUUACCACUUUUGGUUCUGAUAAUAUAUUUUUUUUUUUUAAAUAUGUGAACUAGCUUCACAACAGAUGAAAAAAGCUGUAGCUUACAUGCAUAUUCAUUAUCAGUUACAGGCACGAGGCAAUGAAUAGCAGACUGUGGCGAAACAGAAUUAAUUUGAUUACUGCAUUGGAACGUAUAAAACGAAAUUAAUAUUUCGAGCUUGCAACACGAUUACGAAUUCUAAUCUCGCCAUUUUUUAUUGAACCAUAACGUCUGUCUUGGUAUUAAAGUGGUUUAAUUUGUUUAAAAGACUGUUAUUUUAAAAUUGUGUUUCACGGAUUCAACAUGACUAACAAUUUAAGCAAUAGAUUAAAUAGAGUGAACAGUGUGUAGAUUCCAUUUGUCGAUGAGGCAGCGUGCAGAAGAUGUACUACAUAUGCUUUGGUGAUUGAGGUCUAUUGGCUUAUUCAUUCAACCUGUAAUUUUCAUUUCUUUGCUCUUUUGUUUUUGGUAUGUUAGAAAUAUCGCACAAUGAAUACUAUUUUUUAAUUUAACAGACUGUAAGUCGUUUUAUUACUUUAUUUAAAUAAAAUGAAAUUAAUUACACGAAAUGUAUCAAUUCCGAACAAAAAUGACACGGUACAGAACAUACAUAAUGGAAAAUUAUACGAUGGAAAUAUCAUGUGGUAUUGUUGCCAAGUGGUGCUGUGCAUCAUGACCGCGAUGUUGAUCUACAUUUCCAUUUGCCUUUCUUGGUUGCUGUGGUCAAGUUGCAAAAACAGAUUUGGAAACACAAAGGAUCAACAAUCAAUACCAAGAGGGAGGAGAGCCAGUGUUUCAUCUAAAAGAAGGCAUUUUCGAAUGUUCAUGAGAAUUUUCUGCUUAUUUGCGGCGGUUGCGACUUUAAUAAAAUGUUUGGCAGAUCAACUCAAGUUUUUCUAUGCCUGGAAUGCCAAUUCAGAUGACAUCUGUGAAUUGGUAUAUGAUAUCACGGAUGUUACAAUAUACGCGUUCGCCUAUUUUGGGGUAUAUGGAUUCUUGUGGAUAAAACAGUGGUUAUUCUACUGCGAUCCCAUCACUGUCAAGUUUCUGUACAGUCGGAGAUUAGUCAUUUUCAACAAAUUGUUUGUUGUUGCGAUGCUCAUUCUUGGCGUACUUUGUGCAGCCGCAAAUUGGAUACCACAUCGAUACGGAAUUAACAAAUCCACACUAGCUCAUGGUAUCAACACGGUAUCAAAUAAUGCCAAUUAUGUUGGAUGUGUCGCUUUGUAUGAUAUGAGUGAUGAAGAACAGCGAUGGCCUCUUAUAUGUUACGCGGCAUUAAAUGCCUUCUUCCAAGUAGUGUUGAUGACACUUUUUAUUUAUCCAGUUGCAUGGGAUAAGCUACAAAAAUGGAAAUGCAAAAGGGGCUACGCGUCAGGAAAGCAAACUGAAAUUAGCAUUACCUGCAAUGUACCAAACACGGUAGCAAAGCCCCCAUCUUUUCCUGAAGACACUAAUUCCGUAAAACCUCAGAGUGAGGGCAGCAAGAUAGCGAUUGGGAGACGCCAUGAAGCUACAACCUCUGAACGAUCUCUGUCAGAAAAAGCCCUUAAGUCAAUAAGACGUACGAUACUGCUGACUGCUAUAUGUAUUAUUACGGAUAUGACGCUAGUUGCUGUAUAUGGUGUAGUAAGCAAGGGCGUGCCAGUUAUUUUAGUAGCCGUUUCUACUGACUUUAAUUUACUCAUUAACGUAAUUUGUAUUAUUGGGACCUACCAAACCUGGACACAAAUUAUGUUUCCGUUUUGUGUUACUGCUGACGACAUUCCACAAGCACAAAAUUCGACGGUUCGUUUGUCAACUCAAGAUAAGUGAUAUCAAAUAUCGAAAAUCUUGAUCAAAACAACCGUAAUGAACGCUUUUCUUAGACAGCUAUUGAUUUGAAAAAUCGAUAUAUUACAGGUGCGAUUGCUUUAUUUGGGAGUCAACCCGAGUUUGUUCAAAACAACUAAGUGGCAAAUUAAAUAUAAUCCAAUUUUCAGAGGUUUGACCUCCGUUCUUUUUUUUUCAAUUUAUUUUAAAAAAAUUAACAUUUAUAUUGAGAUGUGUCAUUUCGUGAAUGUUUACAGGAGAAUUAUUUUCGUCAGUGAAAAGAAAUUUUUGUGAAAAUUUUUUAUCUGUCAAUCAACAUUGUUUAGUUAGGUUGUUGUUUUGAUGUAGAAUGAAGAAAUAGAACCAAAAUAUAUUUGAAUGAAAACAUUCCCUUUUACUGUUAAUGUAACUUUAAAAUAAUCAUUGCAGUAUCACAAGAACUAAUCGUCGGAAAUAUUACGUCAUCCAGUCAUGUGAUUUUGAAAAAAUUGGAAAUAUACUUUUUUAAAUUGUGAAAAUAACAUUUGUUUAUUUAUUCUAUUCAAUUCACGAUAUACACAAACACACAUUUAAAAAUAUUGUGAAACUAGGUUUAAAUUUAUGCUUAUAGCUUACCGUCGGCAGAGGAUUCCGAUCCGAUAAAAAAUAAUAAAAAAAAAUUAAAAAUUUAAUAAUAAUUAUUAAAAUAAAAAAAAACAAUUGUUGCAAUAUGUAAUUAUUUGAAACCAUGUCGACUUAAAAAUUAUUAUAGGCCUUCAUAGUGUGUGUAAAAAAAAAUCGUAUUAUUUGUAAUUGCUGCAAUAUAUUUCUCUGCAUUCAUGACUGAGCAUUGACUUCAAUUUAUUAUUUACUUCGAAUUUUUUCGUUAUGUUGUCUGGUGUAUAUUCUGUGAUUAUUUUUAUGUCAACAGUUUAUUAGCAAAACGUUGCCAUUUUGUUUUUUUCUCUCAUCCUAUCAUUGUUUUCAAUAAAGCUAUGUUAAUUAAAUAAUGACAUUAUUUCAAGUUUUGUUAAGUUCAGAAUUUUCUUGCUUCCGGUAUGUCUCUGUGUGUCGUUCCUUGUUUUGCAACUAUUCCACAUGUAAUCGUAACCUAUCUUAAAUUAAUACAAACAAUAAAGUUUCAUCAGUGUAUUGAACAGUAUUGAGUAUUGUAUUUUAUUUUUCCUAUUUUUGAAUACUUAAAUAAAAUUCUGUG